UCCAACAGACACACAGAAACCGGGACUCUUUAUCUCACUGGGACUGGUUCUGAGCUGUUCUGUUGCUUUUUUUUUUUUCUACUUCUAUUUUUUUAAUUAUUAUUUUAUUUUUGUCUGCGGCAUUUUUUUUUUAUUUCUCCCUCCACUCCCCCUCCACCCCUCCUGGAGAAAACUCUGUAGCGUGUUCGUCAUCAUGAAGGAAAGGAGAAAUACGCAACCGCUGGUGGUGAGAUGUAAACUGGUUCUUGUGGGAGACGUUCAAUGCGGAAAAACGGCGAUGUUGCAAGUACUGGCGAAGGACUGCUACCCUGAGACCUACGUGCCCACGGUGUUUGAAAACUACACAGCCUGCCUGGAGCUGGAGGAGCAGCGGGUGGAGCUGAGUCUGUGGGACACCUCAGGUUCUCCGUACUACGACAAUGUGAGACCCCUGUGCUACAGUGACUCUGACGCAGUCUUGUUGUGUUUUGACAUCAGCCGCCCAGACACAAUGGACAGCAGUCUCAAAAAGUGGAAAAGUGAAAUCCUGGACUUCUGUCCAAGCACUCGGAUCUUGCUGAUCGGUUGUAAGAUAGACCUCCGCACCGACGUGUGCACACUCAUGGAGCUGUCCAACCUAAAACAGACUCCAAUUACCUACGAGCAGGGCUCUGCUAUGGCCAAACAGCUUGGUGCUGAAGCUUAUCUAGAGUGCUCAGCCUUCACCUCGGAGAAAAGCAUUCACAGCGUAUUUCGUACCGCAGCGAUGGCCUGCAUCAACAAGCUGCAGCCCCUCCCAAAGUCCAGCCCCACCCGCCGCCUCUCCAAAAGACUCCUCCACCUGCCCAGCAAGUCGGACCUGCUCUCCUCCUCCUUCAAGAAGGAAAAGACCAAGAGCUGCUCUGUGAUGUGAAGGAAGGCAGGAGGGGCUCCAGGUCCUCGUAGACGACUCCCAGCCCCAGCCUCUUUGGUCUCGGGGAAGGGGGGUGGGCAUGAUGGUUUUAUCAGGGCUCUCCUGCUGAAUCCUUCCCUCACCCCCCCGAAAACCAAACAAACCCUCAGAAGAGGCGGACACUCAGCUGUCCGCUCUCUCCUGAACCUUCGAGCGCACAUCCAUAAUAAAAUUUUUUUUUAUUAUUAUUAGUAUUAUUUCGCUUUUGAGACAAAACUUAAAACGGUAAAGGGUUGGGUCCAUUGAACUUUCUUUAUUUUCCCACCUAAAAACAAACUCUCCAUCUGUCUGAUUUUUAUGCAUCUACAGGCACAUCUUGAUUUAAUCCGAUAUGGAAGUGUGCGAUUUUCAAACUUGUUGCGUAAAUGCCUCUCAGAAAAACCGAAUAGAUAUUUUUCUAAGUACUUGAACAAAUCUAGCAUGAAACUGUUGGGGAAUUAGCAAAAAUCCCUCCCUAAGUGUGGUGUGUGAGGUGUCCCCUGUUUCACCCUUUUCUGGUGAAAGAACAUUAUGUAGAGGGAGAACAGAGACAGAAUCCACAGACCUGUCAUCACUGGUGUCAGUGGCGAUAUGAGCGGCAGAAGGCAGUGCUGCCGUGCGUUCAGAGUCUAGCUUUCAUCCACCUGGAUGGGCCGGAGAGCCAUGGCUGCGUGGCUACGAACGACUCUGUUCCACCAGCUUCCAGUUGAGCAAGUAGCAAAGGCUGGCGAGGUUCUGUAUUUGUAAAAAAUAGCAGCGGAUGUAAGGCCAGGAAAAAAAUUUGUGGAGGCUUGAAAUGGGCUCCAUUCACUGCAGGAGCCCCUACUUCUACUAAUGCAUCAGAAAUAGAAAGGCAAAGAGGCUUUUGUUGAAAUCGGCAUCAUAAACAUGCAAGCUUCAACCCGUGUGGGUCUGAUUUACAAGGCUUCACUGCUUCAAGGGUUCAAGGCAGAUUUUAAAAUGUAAGAUCUCUGCCAUUGUGGUCAGACUGACAAUUAAUGCUAAAAAUAUGCUUUGUUUAAUCAAAUAUUCUUCAGAAAAGAGUUGUAGCAUUGCAAUGAUAGUUUUUUUUUUUUUUUUUACCAUUUGCAGUUUGAAAAAUAAUGCCUUUAAUGUUCCUGGAAAGUCAGUGAGAUUUACCAAUACUGUAAAAUGCCUGUGAAUUUGCAUUGACCUAAUGUAGCACUCCACCAAAUGCAACUCUAUUCUUCCAAGACAAAUUAUAGCUUACGUUUUGCGGACACUUGAAUCUCUUGACCUUCAACAAGCGUUGCUCACUGCUGGCGAGAACGACGACGGAGCAAAAAUCAAACGCUUUUCGUCAUCGGCUUAAAUCUUUGGCUUCAUGGUUAUGUGUCUGUCCUGCGCUUCUGACCGUAAAGCAAUAACGAUUGAAGUGCUCAUGAUACAAGGUGUGGCAAUAAAAGAUGCAGCUUCGUGAUUACCGUUGUGCUCUAAGCGGUCGGUAGACAGACAUCAUUGAUUGGAACCAUUUCUGCUGUACAAACCGGCUGCUGAGCUCGUGUCUGUCCGUUCUUCUGUGCAGUCGCUGGUUUUUGGAAGAACCGGUGACGAAAACAAAUAAGGGGGGGGAAAAAGGAAGAAGCGAACAUGCUUCUGUUAGCUGAAAAUGUACCUUAGUUUAAAUGGUUCUUUUGAUGGAACUGCAGCGACUUGCAAAAGUAUUCAUAUCGCCAAACCUUUUUUCGUAUUCAGUGCAAAGUUCUUUGACCAGUUCCAAUCUGGCUCUAUGUGCAAGGUUACUGUCCUGCUUGAGGAUGAACCUGUUCCCUGAUCUCAGAUCUUUCACCUCUGUGCUGAAUGCUGCUGCCUCCUCUCUGUUUCACCAUGGAGAUGAUGUGUUCAUGGUGAUGUGCAGCGUUGGUUUAGUUAGCCACAGAUAAUGGUUCAAUUAGCAUCCUGUUUUACCAGAGUAUGUUCCUCUCCACGUUUGCUAAAAGAGUAAUUUACAUCCAAAUCAAUAUGAAUGGAGCAGGUUUCAUCUGUAGCUCUGCUGACGUUCAUGUCUUGGUUGCAGUUCUUGGUUAUUCUGCUCUAAAUUCAGAUGGUGGGUUAAAUAACGCUGGCACAGUUUUAAAUCUUGACAUGUUUUAUAACCAAACUUUACUUUAAAUUUUAUGUUUGCUAGCAAAUCCAUGAGGUCUUCACAGAACGGCUGGAUUUAUUCUGGGAUUAAAUUGGUUACAAUGGGACUUUUUUUUUUUUUUUUUGACAAUUAGAUUAUUUCUGAUAGUUGUUGUUUAAACUGGAUGUUAGAGUAAAUUACAUUCAACCCAUCUGCAGAUGACCUUCUUCAGAUUUUAAAAUAAAAAUGAUCCUUUCAUCCUUUCCGCUCCACUUCACAAUAUUGCGCUACUCGGCGUUGGUCUAUCAUAUGAAAUACUGUAUUUGUCAAAAUGGGAAAAAAAAGGAUGUAUGGCUAAAAAAUGCUUUUGCAAGGCUCUAUAACUGUUUCUUGGGUAAGUUGGCAAUUACACACUUUUCAAAUUAGAGAUUAACUUCAAAAGUGAACAAUUUUUAAUUAAGGGCUAGUGUGUCAAAGAUAAAAAUAUAUAUAUAUAUAACCUAAAGUAGGACUGAGGAGAACAAGUAAUCAAACUGCACAGGCUGGCCCUGUCCAAAGAAAGCUAUUUUUCCAUUCUUCUUUUAUGUGUAUUUUUCACUAUUUAACGCAUGAUGUGAGUUCUCGUUAUCUUGGAAAUAUCUUCCAGACAUGUUGUGUCUUAACGGUGCUGUGGAUUUUCCCCUUGGGCUUAGAAGAGCUUGACGCCGUCGUUUCCACAAAGGCUUCCAAUAUUCAAGGCCUGGCUGCAGUUCAGACUUCAGCUCUCUGUCAUGUAGACGGAUCAUUUCAGUCAAUAGGCAGACACAUCUACUACUAUACCAUUAUUUAACAGUUAGCUUUCAAAUAAAAGAAAAAAGAAAUUAAGUAUCGGCUGACAUUUUGUGCCUGAUGCAAAGCCUUUCUAUGAUGGGUUGUUCAGGCAGCUCGGUGACCAUGUCAGUUAUUACGCAGCCUUUGUGUCGUAGUCAAUGUGUGGUACAAAUGGUGCAAUCAAACUUCUACGCAUGUCCUAUUAUAUGGUUAUAUAUACUGUCUUGUUUUAUAGUUAUGAAAUUAUUGUUCCUGAUGUUGGUAUUUAUUUGGUGGCUAUUUUUGCUCUUUAUUUUCAGUGACAUGUACAUUUGUUUAAAAUCUGUUUUUGAAAUCCUUCCUUUUUUGUUAUUUUUGUUUGCGUUUAUCGCUGUGUUAAAUAAAGCUUGUCCUGGAA